AUGAAGUAUACUAAGUUAAGUGGCGAUACGAAGCAUCAUCAACACUAUCAUCACCAUGGCCAUGGCCAUCAUCAUGGUCGUGGUGAAGGUGGCAGCGGCAGCAGUUCGGGCAGCCGCUUUUCCAUGUCACUGUCUUCCUCGAAACGUAACAAGAAACAUAAUUGGGGUACGCGGGAACGUACCGGCAUGAGUUUCCUGAUUGUGAUAGCAUUUUUUGCGGUCUUUGGUUUGAUUAUUUUAACAGAGUUAUUUAUGAUUGACGAACGUGCCCAUGGCGGCAUGAUGAUGAUGCGCAGUGGCAAUGGUUAUGGCGGACGUUUUGGCGAUUCAAUGCCUGACUAUGAUAACGUCAAGGAUGACUAUGAUCUGCUCGAUGCUGGUCUAUUGAAUGAUAAUAAAUUAGGUUUUGUGCAGCUUCAUGACAAUAAAUUUAAAAUUCAAGAUGCUGACAGCAAUAACGGUGGACGUUUGGCCGGUGUCUUGUUAAAUUCACAAAGUGUUGGCAAUGCCUAUGCCGGUGCUGGGCUUGGCGGUGGUACGGGCCUGGGCUCAGCCUCUCAAAUGGCUGGUGGUAAUGGGCCCCUAAUACCAUGGGGUAAAAUGUUGCCACCCAAAAUAGAAGACUCGCUACCACAUUUUCCAAUUGGCACCGAGCCAACAGAUGGCUCAUGGCAAAUUGUCAAUGGAACACGUUUUAAAUUUUUCGUUUUCUCAGCCUAUUAUGAUCGGCGAGAUGGGGCGAAAUUGGUGCGCAUCAUUGGAGCAACAAAGACGCGGGGACCGGAAAGGGUAUGGUGUCGUUUUUGGUAUGUGGCAAAGAAUGCAACAGCAGCAGGUGGCGGCGGCGGAGGGAGAGCGAGAGAAAAAUAUUCAUCGGUUACUGUUAUGGCGAGGGUAAAGGUCAUCCGCGAAAACUGGAGCCUCAAGUACAGUGCAUGUUUCGUCUUGUGUCCCGUGCGUCCGCAAGAGUAUGAUGUUCCUCAGUAUGUUAGUAUAGUGGCACGGUUAAGGGCACCUCCAGGCAACAUCCUAGAGCUACGUAAUACCGAUUGGGAUCGUGAUUUUGUGGUAGCGGGAGAAAGUAAAUCCACCAAUCAAUCAUCGGCCAGUAGUGUCCGGCAAUCAAAUUCCGUCCCAGUGGCAGCAAAACCGAAGUUCCCUAGUGAAAACGAGAUCAAAGAUGAUAUCGCGAUCUGUGUGAAGCCGUUCCACUUCAACUAUGAUCAGUCGCUAUUUCUAAUGGAAUAUUUGGAAUUCUAUUCGCUGAUGGGUGUGUCACAUUUUACAUUUUAUAAUCACACUAUUGGACCACAUGUGUCGUGUAUUUUGGAUCACUAUGUGAAGGGUGAUAUACCGGGUAAUUCUACGGCAGAGGAUGUUAUGGAGGUGGCUAAGGGGAAAUAUCAAGAUUCUCCCACGGCAACAUCACCACCUCCCAAGAUCUUUAAGAGCCCCAAUUACCAUAAGCCCACAAUAGAAAUCCUACCCUGGAACUUGCGUAUGCGUUCACAAAAGGAAAUUCGCACAGAGGGAUUAUUUGCCGCUCUGAAUGAUUGUCUAUAUCGUACCAUGUAUCGGUAUAAAUAUUUGGCUCUUGUGGACCUGGAUGAGUUUAUUGUGCCGAGGCAGGUGGAUACCUUGAAUGAGUUAUUGAGUUCCCUCAACAAUCGUGUUCGCAAUCGGAAUACUGGAGCUUAUUCCUUUCAAAACGCCUUCUUCUAUCUACAAUUUGCUGACGAUCCUCAAUUGGCCAAGGUGGAGAAGGGUGAAAGUUUGGAAUUGGCCAAGCUGAGAGCAGCUUUGGUGACACAAAGGAAGACCAGGAGACGUUUCAAACUUCACCCGCAGAAGCAACGUUCAAAAUAUAUUUGUCGGCCGGAGGCUGUUGUAGAGGCUGGCAAUCAUUUUGUGUGGGAAUAUGCCCCGGGGAAGGGAUCGCUGAAUGUACCUCCCACCGAUGGCAUCCUGCAGCAUUAUCGGGUCUGUGAAUUCGGUGGCAAUGAUUGCAUCAAAGCCCCAUCCAUCAUCGAUCGCACGGCCAAUAAAUAUAUCAAUCGCCUCGUCGAGAGGGUCCUAACCGUGUAUCGGUAUUUGAAAAAGAAAUGUGAUUUACCCGAACUGCCGGCAAUACCGAAACCUCAAACCCCGAAACCAGAAAUGAAACCCAUCAUUCGAAAGGACAGCACCUUCAAUGAGGGUAAGACAAAACGGAAGGAUGUAAUGAUUAAACGAAUAUUGGAGAAUAAGAAAAUGGAUGGUGGUGGGGAGAAAAAACAACAGGUACAGCAACAACAACAGAGUAAAAAAGACAACGAAAUGAAAGCGGAACGUGAAGAACGGAAACCGCCUGCCGUGACAACGAACGAAGAGACGACACAAAAACUGAACAAUGAAACAGCGACAGCAUCGAAUGCCAAUAAAACAACAGGAACAACGAUAAAUGGAAGAGGAGGAGGAGGAGGAGGAGUGCUUCCUCCUCCACCUUCCAAGGUGGUAACAAAUUCUUCGAGUAGUGUGGUAAAUAAAUCAAUGGCGAAUAAUGCCACCCAUGGCGUCGCCAUGAGUGGACCGAUUUCAAGUAGCAGCAGCAGUUCCACCACCAGUACUUCCACAAGUACCCAAAUGACCACCACAACAACGAAAGAAACAACGCCGCAGGACAUUUUCAUGGCCAAAAAGACGCAUAAGGUUGUGGUGUUCUUUGUCGAUGAUAAAGGCAAACCCAGGGCACGUUUGGAAUAUCAUUAG